GAAAGAGACCUGAAAUUCACCCAGGCCCUUUGGGAAACCAGCGAGUAUAACGAGAAUGCAACAAAUGUUGUCCAGCCGGAAUUUGCUCAUAUCGCACUUCGGCCAGAGGAUUCUUGGAUGGCCAACAGCAAUGCUGAUAGGUCAAUCUACAGGUAUUUCCAGUGGCUUGUCCAGGAAAUUCUUGUCAAGCACGGUGGCUUCGAUGAGUUCAGUGAUCACCUCGGGGAGCCCUUUGGAAUUCAAGUUCUACCAUCGGAUAAGAAAGAUGUUCAGUAUCCUGGCAUGUCUAUUGAUGCAGACGAGGGUACCUACGAUGGAAAUGCUGAAGUAAUCGAGAAUUUGCUUGAUCAAGCCGCGGUUGCAACAGAAGACCUCGAAAGCUAUGUCGAGCUGUUCCACGGGGAUCUGGCCACUAAAGAGUGCAUCGAGGGAUUGAAGCGCAUGCGGACCAUAGAGAGAACCGCUAGGAACCGCCUCAGUUUUCUUCAAUUCGUCCCCGGUCUCUUUCAUAUGAAGAUGGCUGUUGCAGAUGCCUACGCCCGUGUACAUGUGACUCCAGUGGCCAACCGCACUGAAAAACUGGGGGUUAACGAAUAUCUUAAUUACCUCAGGCCGAAGGCGACUGCGGAAUUUACCUCGAAAAAAGGUCCAUCUUUUCGUUCCAUGCACGACACCAUCCAUCAUGUCACUUGGACUGAUAUUCUUGCAUCUGGUGCCAUCGAAGCUCAGCAGCUUUUCAAGUUUGACUCGCUUGCCGCCUUUAAAGAAAGUAAACCAAAAUGGACUCAGCUUGUCGAAUUGUCAGAGGCAAUAAUAAACAACCAUUUACCUGGAAUCGAC